AUAUAUAUAUAUAUACAGAAUUUAGCGGUUGAUAUAUUUGAUAAAAGUAAUAUGAUAUGAUAUGGCAGAGCUAUUUGUGAAUCAGGCAAAGGAAUACGCAAAUGCAAGGCCAAGUUAUCCAAAUAAACUCUUUCGAUUCAUAGCCUCCAAAACACCUUCUCACAACCUUGCUUGGGAUGCCGCCACCGGUAGCGGCCAAGCUGCCAAAUCAUUGGCUUCAAUGUACAAGAAUGUAAUAGCAACAGAUGUUAGUAAGAAACAACUUGAGUUUGCAAUAAAACUCCCUAAUGUGCGAUACCAACAUACCCCUUCAAUAAUGUCCAUGUCCGAACUUGAAGAAAUAGUGGCACCUGAAGGAACCAUGGAUCUCGUGACCAUUGCACAAGCCCUUCAUUGGUUUGACCUUCCAACUUUCUAUAAACAAGUCAAAUGGAUUCUCAAGAAACCUCAUGGAGUUUUUGCUGCUUGGUGUUACAAUUUGCCUAGAGUUUGUGAUGAGGUAGACACUAUACUUGAUAAAUUGUAUUCUACUAAUGCAAGCUCUUUUUCCGACCCAUUAAUUAGAUUCAUAGAUAGCAACUAUAGAAGCAUUGAUUUUCCAUUUGAGGCAGUGGAUGGAGCUGAUCACACAGGACCAUUUGAGUUUGUCAAAGAGAAUUUGAUGGAUUUAAAUGAUUACUUAACUUAUAUAAGAUCAUGGUCAGCGUAUCAAACUGCAAUUGAAAAAGGUGUGGAGCUUCUUGGAGAUGACGUUCUUCAAAAAUUUAACCUUGCUUGGGGUGAAGAUGUCCAUAAAGUUGCCAAGUUUCCAAUUUAUCUUAGAAUUGGAAAGUAGUUUUAUAUUGGAAUCAAGAAUCUCCUAUGGUACUUACUGGUUAUAAAAUUAAAUUAUGUUGCAAUAAUAAGUUCUCAUUAGAGAUUAAUGUAAACUCAAUUUCUAUUGCUUUUAAUGACAAUUUCUCCAAAACUAUUUUGUCA